UGACAUACAUAUACGUGGCUUGCGCAUGAGUGCGUAUUCCCUUCCUCAUGCUGCUUGCGUCUGAAAUCUGGUGUCACAGCGAUGAGCGCGAUUGUCAAGAGCUGUUAUAUACGUAAUUUAGAGGAAUCACGAUUGAACAUUUAUUUGCCGGAUAACACGCCAAUUUUCGUAGGACGUUCAUCAGAAACUGGUAUCACAGAUACGAGAUGCUCGCGACAACAAGUUCGUUUAUGUGCAAAUUACACGGAUGCCAUAGUCACGAUUCAGCAAGUUGGCACCCACGCCUGUGGCUUCAACGGUUUCAAGACUUCAAAGGAUGUAAAAUUUCCUGCCAGGCAUAACGAUCGCUUGGAAUUGUUAUAUGGUAAAUUUGCCUAUGAGAUUGAAUUUAACCCACCGCCAUGUAUGAAACAUCUCGCCUGGAGAAAAAGAUCUUACAAACCAGAAGUGGAAGAAACUAGAAAUAAAGCAAAAAUGCUGAAACUGGAUAAUCACUCUGAAGAAGAAGAAGAAGGACUAUCAUCUUCAAAUGAUGUCAAUCAGAAGGAAUCUGAUGCCGGAUCUAGCACAAUCCCCGAAGAAAGCAAUAGUGACUCUAAUGUCUCAGCAAAGUGGGACAGUUUUGAUAAUGGAAAACUGUUGAUUUACACAGCCUCACUUAUUCAAAAUCGAUCAAAAGUAGCUGCAUUUGACAUGGAUGGUACUUUGAUAAAGACCAAGUCUGGCCUGGUAUUUCCAAAGGACUGUAAUGAUUGGCAGCUACUGUACCCUGAUGUACCUGGUAAAUUAAAGCAGCAUCACGCAAAUGGAUAUAAGAUAGUGAUUUUCACGAAUCAAGCUGGCCUGAGCAUUGGCAAAUUCAAGAUCAGCGAUUUUAAGGUCAAGAUUGAGAAGAUCGUGCAGAAAAUUGGCGUCCCGAUCCAAGUUUUUAUCGCUGUGGGACAGAGCAUUUAUAGAAAACCAUCGAUUGGUAUGUGGGAAUCAUUGGAAAAAGAGAAAAACGGAGGUAUUGCGAUCGACAAGGAUAACUCGUUCUAUGUCGGCGACGCUGCUGGUAGACCGAAGAACUGGGCUCCAGGGAGAAAGAAGGAUCAUUCAAGUGCGGAUCGAUUAAUUGCACUGAACGUGGGCGUCAAAUUCGAGACACCUGAGGAACAUUUUCUAAAACACAAAGCGCCGCCUUACGAAUUACCAAAAUUCAAUCAAAAUUUGCCACAGUCUGGCGAUAUAUGCAAACCCGCGGAUGCGAAAUUGACGCUGACGCAACAAGAGAUAAUACUUAUGGUCGGUAGUCCAGGCUCUGGAAAAUCAUACUUUGCGAAGAAUUAUUUGAAAGAAUACGAAUACGUGAACAGAGACACUUUGGGCAGUUGGCAAAAAUGCAUUGCUGCUGUCGAGCAGUAUUUAAAUCAAGGAAAGAGUGUAGUUAUUGACAAUACUAAUCCCGAUCCAACUUCGAGACGGAGGUAUACCGUGGUGGCAAAGAAGCGCAAUGUUCCAGUUAGAUGUUUUGUCAUGACGACAAGUAUGCAACAUGCGAAGCAUAAUAAUAAGUUCCGCGAGUUGACUGAUCCAAGCCACAUUCCAGUCAACGAAUACAUUAUAAACUCCUACAUGAAAAAUUAUGUAGCGCCAACUUUGGAAGAAGGCUUCAAGGAAAUAUUAGAAAUCAAUUUUAUUCCGAAAUUCCGUAACGAACAGGAUCGUAGGCUGUACGAAAUGUACUUACUCGAAAGUUGAAUCAUGUGAUCUUAUCUGUUUAAACAAACAGUUAAUUGUGUACAAUGUAAAUUGAAAUUUAUCGUCGCUCAUAAAUCUGUUGCAAUCAGUUUAAGUGUAAUCACGUCAGCAAUAAAAAUUAUUAUGUAUUAAAUUA